AUGGAAAAUCAAACUAUUUAUGAAGUUACUGUUGUUGUCGACAAAGAAUCAGCAGAAAAGGUUGAGUCCUUCAUUGAAAAGCAUGUUAAUGAAGUAGUUUUAUUGGACAAUGGAACACUAUUCAAAAGUGGAACUAUUAACAAGUUAAAAUCUACCGACACCAAUUCCAAUACCGUUAGUUUUAUCAACCAAUACUAUCCUGUAUCACAGCAAACACUAGAACACUACUUUAAGGUUCAUGGACCUCGUAUCUCUAGAGAAGUUAAAUCAGAAUUUCAAGACAAAAAUAUUACAAUAACUCCAAGAGUUUAUACUGUUUUUAAAGAAUUUUUAUCUACAAACUAA